UUGUAUUGUUACAGAGAGAGGCAGAGAGCUUCACACAGCGGUGAGCAGACACUGAUGUGCAUCCUCCUACAGACACAAGUCAACGCUUACUAUCUUAGUACAGUACAGUUUAGAAAGCACAGUUUGUGUCUGUGUGCGAAGACUCGGAGCUGUUGUCGCCGUCAAAGAGCUCCUGUCCUAAUUUGGCUGUGAGGACGAAGCGCAAGUCAGCUACACAGCCCAACAAGAGUCUAAGAUGCCCUAGACGGGAGAAGGGAAAUGUAAAUGGCUUCCAAAGUAAAAGAUGCUGUGGUGUGGUACCAGAAAAAGAUUGGCGCUUAUGACCAACAGAUAUGGGAGAAAUCAGUGGAGCAGCGAGAGAUAAAGUUUAUUUCUCUGGGCUUGAGGAACAAGCCGAAGAAGACUGGACAUGUCAAACCGGACCUUAUAGACGUGGACUUGGUUAGAGGUUCGGCGUUUGCCAAGGCCAAACCAGAGAGCCCGUGGACGUCACUGACGCGGAAAGGCAUCGUCAGAGUCGUCUUCUUCCCGUUCUUUUAUCGAUGGUGGAUCCAGGUCACCUCUAGAACCAUUUUCCUCUUACUGCUGGUUCUCUAUCUGCUGCAAGUGGCAGCAGCGGCCCUGUUUGCGAUCAUCCCUCAGCCUCAUGGGAUACCCACCACAGAGGUGUUUGGAGCCAUCUGGCUCAUGUUGCUGCUGGGCACCGUCCACUGUCAGAUCGUCUCCACCAGGACGCCGAAGCCUGUCUCCAGCAGCGGGGGGAAGAGACGCAGGAAGUUGAGGAAGGCAUCUCAGAUGGAGGUGCAUAGGGAAGGCGACGGGUCUAGCACUACCGAUAACACACAGGAGGGGGCGCCACACUCCCACUCAGCCAGCACCACAUACAGCCUGGGCGCUCUCUUCCAAGAUUUCUGGCAUGAUAUCUGUAAAGCUGGAUCUAAGAAGUCCAAACUGUCCAUCGACAAGUCGACAGAGACGGACAACGGCUACGUGUCGCUGGACGGCCGGGUAACCAACCGCAGCAGCGAGGAGGGGCUUCAGCUCCACGAGCAGGGAUGUGAUCCGCUAAACAGGGCUGACGAGGCGUGCUGGAGCUCCCACGCCCAGCCCGCACACGCUCAAGCGCCCCGCAGCGCGGGACUGCUGCUGGCCAGCGGCACCAAGGAGCCAGCAUCAGAUGAGGCGUCCAGUGAGGAGGACCCUGAAGCAUCCUACAACGCCCUCCGCAGGGGAGUUGAAAGAAUGAACAGCGACUGUACGCUCAGAAACCGCAAGAAUACACACCACUACAAGAAACACUACGCUGUGGAGGACGUUCCCAAGUCUGGAACCAGCUGCAGCUCCAGAUGUUCCAGUCUGAGGACUCAGGACUCGGAGAGCACUCGACAUGAGUCCGAGACAGAGGACCUGAUGUGGGAAGACUUCCUGCACUGUGCCGAGUGCAGAUCAUCCUGCACCUCAGAGACGGAGGGAGAAGGAGGAGCAGGGACGCCUGUCUGUCCUCCUGCUAAAAAGGAAUACAGAGACGACCCUUUCCAUCAGGGUCAUGCUCCCUGGCUGCACAGCUCCAAUCCAGGUUUGGAGAGAGUGAGCGCCAUAGUGUGGGAGGGAAACGAUUGUAAGAAGGCCGACAUGUCCGUCCUGGAGAUCAGCGGCAUGAUCAUGAACAAAGUGAAUCUCUACACUCCUGGUAUUGGUUACCAGGUCUUUGGGAACCUGGUUUCAGUGUCGCUCGGCCUCACACCUUUUGUGUACAGGCUGGCUCAGUACCGUGACUUCGAUCAGCUGACCUCGCUCUCAGCCAAUGAGCUGCUGUCUGUGGCUCUGGGAGGCGGGACUGGAUCAGAUACCUUGGUCAUCACCAUGGUAACGCUGAGCUUCCUGGUGCGCGUUUGCCUUAUAUGGCUCUUCUUCUUCCUGCUCAGUGUCGCAGAGAGGACCUACAAACAGAGGCUACUGUUUGCCAAGCUGUUUGGUCACCUGACUUCAGCCCGCAGAGCCAGGAAGUCCGAAGUCCCCCAUUUUAGACUGAAGAAAGUUCAGAACAUCAAGAUGUGGCUGUCGCUACGCUCCUACCUCAAGAGACGGGGUCCUCAGCGUUCAGUUGAUGUGAUCGUGUCGUCUGCCUUCCUGCUCACUCUGUCCGUCGUCUUCAUCUGCUGUGCCCAGUUGCUCCACGUCCACGGAACGUUCCUGGAGUGCCACUAUAACUGGGAGCUGGUGAUCUGGUGCUCCAGUCUGUCUCUGUUCCUGCUCCGGUUCGUCACUCUGGGCUCCGAGACCAGCAAGAAGUACAGCAACACCUCCAUACUGCUCACUGAACAGAUCAACCUGUAUCUGAAGAUGGAGAAGAAGCCAAACAAGAAAGAGGAGCUGACACUGGUGAACAACGUCUUAAAACUGGCUACCAAACUACUCAAGGAGUUGGAUACUCCUUUCAGGUUGUAUGGUUUGACGAUGAACCCUCUGCUCUACAACAUCACCCAGGUGGUCAUCCUGUCCGCCGUGUCGGGAGUCAUAUCUGACCUACUAGGAUUUAAUCUGAAGCUGUGGAAGAUUAAAUCGUGACAGUGAACAGAGAACCGGCAUCGACUUUCACUCUCACUGACUGACUCACUGAAUGCACGACUGACGGAAAGUCGGUCUCGACAUAUCGGAGUGCUUUCACCUUCAACGUUCCCACUUUGUGCAAUUCAAAAACUAUUUAUUUACCCUCUCAGUGUUUUUACUUAGGGUUUAUUUGAAUUGUAGUUUGUUUAAUUUUUGUGUUCUAUGACACAAAACAAUGCUAUCUUUUACCUGUCUACAAAAAGUGUUAGUAUUAUUAUUAUUAAGCAUAAAUUAUGUUUAACGUGAUGGUUUAGGUUCUCAGCUGCAUUUGCAACAGUUCGGUUUUCAUUUCAGCUCAUUCAUAUAUUGAAGGCAAAGUAUUGAGCUGCCGAUGGGACAACAAUCAUUUUAUUGUACGUUUUUGUGUUUUAUUUGCUUAAACUGAAAUUUAUUAUUUAUAUGUUGAGUAAAGCAAAAUUUCAAACUGUUACGACCUUAAAGUCUGUUUUAAAAAUACAUGUGUUAGUUCGGUGGUUUUCUUCAGACAACAAUGUAAUUUGGUGGAAUUUGUCAAGAUGAGUCUCUAGUUUAAUGAACAUAAUGGUUAUAAUUCAUUUUAAAAAAUCUUUAAAGAUACUUAAAACCAGAGAAUAUCCUGAAAUCUACAGUCACAAGGAUACUUUAUUAUCUCAACUUUGGCUGCUUUGGUGCUGACACAAAGGUCCACUAAAAUUAAAGAUAUGUUUGCUGUAAUUCCUGGCAUCUGACAAAUAACCUCUAUUCCCUAUUCAUAACAGCUCCCAGGUGUAAAUUACAUAUACACAGGUAAAGAUUUUAAUUCGCUGACUUACCUGAGAAAACGGUUCUUGGGUUUUGAGAGGUGAAAUGCCAGACGACAUCAUCACUGCAAAGAAACAAUCAUCCAGUUAAUGGAAAUAACAGAACAUGGAGUAUAGAUGACAUUUACAGAAACCUCUUGAGUUUAAGAUACCUUUUUUAUUUCAUGACCCAUAUCAGUGGGUUUGACAGUAUUUCUAGUAAUACGUGUGACUUCUGUAAGCAGAGUGUGAUGACUUUUAACUUUUGUUAAGUGCAGAUAAGGACAUUGGCCUAUUCCCUGCACGUGAAACUACUUCCUAAGUUAGUAAACAUAAGAUCACUUCCUUGGUUAGAUCUGAGUCACAUGUGGUUCUCGUUUCUGUGUAAAUUUACACAAAUUUGUCUCUCAAUUUGAGACAGUGGCUGCGGUCCAAUAGUCUUUUUUUAUUUAGUAUAAUUGAGUGAAAUGACCCAGAAGUCUCUAAGUGGAAGCUAUGAUUAGCGCUGGUAGAAUUCUCAGAAUGCUAAGGGAAGGGUGUCCAAUCUAUAGAAAAUAGUGAUUGAGUGAACAAGGGAGCAAUUUUGGACUUGUUUUAUUCUAAAAAAAAAAGUAAUGAUAUAGUACAACAACACUUUUACUUGCAUAAAGAAAAAAAAAUAUAUUAAUUCAAUUUAGCUUUUUGUUUUGACUGUCCGAUUGGUCAGUGUCGGCAAAGAUUAGACUGUUCCAUCAGGAUAACCAGUUAAAAAAUUAAAUUAUAUAAAAUUUGAUAUCAAACUCCCAGAGCUAACUAGAUGGUAGAUUCAUGUGAUCAAAAGUGAAAGUCAGUUAGCCUCUGCAGUUAAAACCGGUCUGAACGUGAAUGAAGAUAUGCACUUUAAAAACAGAUUUAAAAUGGAAGAAUAGAAGUUACAUCUUGUUUCAAUGUCAAGAGAUUUUUUGGUACCUCACUAGCUUGACACAGUAUGAGUUUACUGUUCAAGCGAAUGCUAGCUCUGAAUUUAAGAAUAUUGUAUCGACAAUUCACACCACUCUCUGACGUAAAUCCCACAUGGUACAUGAAGUCAUCACACCCACACAAAAUAUCUUAAAUGUGAUUAAAAUGCUGUUGUUGCCUCAGUUAACGAGUUAGCAUUUUGCUAACUGAAACUAACGUCAUUCAUAAAAAUGCUAGCAUAAUCAUUUUCAGUGCGUUUGAGGAGGAAGACCAAAGUGCUUAUUUUACUGUUUGUUUUGUUUGUCUCUGCUGGAAAAAAAGAAUGUAUUUGCAGCAUUAUGCUUUAAAAUAUAUUUGUUUCCCUUUGGAAAUACUAUAAAUUGUAUUAUUGUGUUCCUUUUGGCAUUGUGCUUUUUGUUCUUUCAACAUUCAUUUGUAAAGGUUGUUUCUCACGUUCUUAGAAAAGGAGAGGCACGUCUUACUGUGUUUUUAAGGAACAAAUAAGUUUGAAACGUACGUAUGAAGAUGAAUCUAGGUAAAGGACUAUGUUGUGAUUCUGUUUGCAAAGAGUCUGAAUAUUUAGAUUUUUUUUUUGUGAACUGGUCUGUGCACAAGGUCUACAUUUUUUAUAAUAAAGAUAAAUGGAUGUUGA